AAGAAAACUGUCAGUCAAAAAGCAAGAAAACAAAAACAAAGCUUCUACACUUACUCUUACACAAACACAAUAACACCAACCACCCCGUUUCCCUUCGUUCUUCCCAUCUAGUCAAUGGCCGCCUCUUCUCCACUCCCUCCGCCGUAUUAACCACCGCCUCCGCCGCCGCCACCACUACCCCCUCCCAAAUCCGCCACCUUUAACCAAUAAUGAACAUAAUGAUGAAACGAAGUUCACCCUUUUUAAUCAUUAUGUUCUUGUGUUUGUUUACCUUAACUGUUUCUAUAGAAGACGAUUUAACUUGUCUUGAAGGCUUAAAGAAAUCGUUCGCCGACCCGCUUAAUCGUCUCGCUUCAUGGGACUUAACCAACAACUCGGUUGCCUCCGUUUGUAAACUUAACGGCGUUUCUUGCUGGAACGAGAAGGAGAAUCGUAUCAUCAGCCUUCAGUUACCGUUAUCUAAACUCUCCGGUCAACUUCCCGACUCUUUGAAAUAUUGCCGUAGCUUACAAACUUUAGAUCUCUCUAAUAAUGAUUUUUCUGGGUCGAUCCCGCCUGAAAUAUGUUCGUGGUUGCCUUACGUGGUUACUCUAGAUCUGUCGAGUAACCGGUUCUCCGGUCCGAUUCCACCCGAGAUCGUUAACUGUAAGUUUUUAAAUAAUUUAAUUUUAAGUGGGAAUAAGCUGUCCGGUUCCAUUCCGUACGGUUUUGGUACUCUUGAUCGGUUGAAACGGUUUUCUGUUGCGGAUAAUGAUUUAUCCGGUUCGGUUCCGGCGGACUUAGCGGCGUUUCCGGCGGAUGAUUUUGAUGGGAAUGGUGGGCUUUGUGGUAGGCCAGUUGGUAAGUGUGGUGGGUUGAGUAGUAAGAGUUUAGGGAUUAUUAUUGUUGCUGGUGUAAUUGGUGCAGCUGGGUCUUUGAUUUUAGGGUUUGUGAUUUGGUGGUGGCUGUUUGUUAGGGUUAGUAAGAAAAAGAAAGAUGAUGGUAAUGGCGGCAAAGAUGAUUCGAGUUGGGUUGAUUUGUUGCGGUCGCAUAAGCUUGUUCAAGUUUCUUUGUUUCAGAAACCUAUUAAUAAGAUUAAAUUGGCUGAUUUAUUGCUUGCUACUAACAAUUUUGAUGUCGAAAAUAUUGUGAUUUCGAGUCGGACGGGGGUUUCAUAUAAGGCGGAUUUGCCUGAUGGAUCUGCUCUUGCUAUUAAAAGGCUUAGUGCUUGUAAGCUUAGUGAGAAACAGUUUAGGUCUGAGAUGAACCGAUUAGGUCAGCUUCGACACUCAAAUUUGGUGCCUUUGUUGGGAUUUUGCGUCGUGGAAGAAGAGAGAUUGUUGGUAUAUAAGCAUAUGCCUAACGGGUCUUUGCAUUCUCAAUUGCAUGGGUUUGGAUUUGGUGUUAGUCCUUCUAAUGUUUUAGAUUGGCCGACGAGGGUUCGGAUUGGCGUUGGUGCUGCUAGGGGCCUUGCUUGGCUUCACCAUGGGUGUCAGCCACCGUAUAUGCAUCAGUAUAUUAGUUCCAAUGUAAUUUUUCUGGAUGAUGAUUUUGAUGCCAGGUUUACUGAUUUUGGGCUGGCAAGGUUGGUUGGUUGUCGUGAUUCAAACGAUAGUUCGUUUGUUAAUGGAGAUUUAGGGGAGUUUGGCUAUGUUGCUCCCGAGUACUCGAGUACUAUGGUGGCCUCACUUAAAGGUGAUGUUUAUAGCUUUGGGGUUGUGCUUUUGGAGUUGGUCACAGGACAAAAAGCCUUGGACGUUAAUAGUGGAGAGGAAGGAUUCAAAGGGAAUUUGGUAGACUGGGUUAAUCAUUUAGUGUCCAGUGGCCGAAGUAAGGAUGCUAUCGAUAAAGCUGUAUGCGGGAAAGGUCACGAUGAUGAAAUUAUGCAGUUUCUGAAGGUUGCUUGGAGCUGUGUGGUUACAAGGCCCAAGGACAGGCCUUCGAUGUAUCAAGUGUACGAGUCUUUGAAGAGCAUGGCUGAGAAACAUGGUUUUUCCGAGCAGUACGAUGAAUUUCCAAUGAUCUUCGCUAAACAGGACCCUGAAUGCAAAGAAUAGAAGAUAUUGCAUCGAUCUUCUUGAGAACAAGAGCAUUAUGGCAGUUGUGCAUUAUCUGCUUUGUUGUAGAAGAUGGUUGAAGCAAAUAAAAUGCUUGUCAUUCCAUUCCACUUCACGUGAACAGUAUUAUCUUCUCUUAUGAUAAUUUGUUGGAUAAUUAUUGUAUAUUGCACCUCCUUUAGUGUUAGCAGCUCAGGAAAUUUCUGUUAUAAGUAAUCUGUCUGAAUCUUAAUUUGAAGUGUAUGCCACUAGAGAGAAGGUCAAGUACCUUAUUUGUUUCGCAA